GAACCCAGGCCAGUGAUGAGCCCAGCUGAAUUCUUGGAAUUCCUCCACGGGGCUCAGGCUGAGCUUAUCAGGGCCACGCAGCCCUGGGCCGCCCCGGCAGCACCCACACCCCACCGCCGCCCGGCCAGGCCACUCCCUGAGGACGCAGCUCAGGCGGGUGCCACCCUGGGGCACGGGGACCCCCGCGCCGAUGGCUCCAGGACAGGCCAGCAGGAUCCUGCCCUCUGCUCAACACCUCCUCAGGUGAGCCCGGAGCCCGAGGGUGCCCGCGAGGCCGAGCAGUGCCCCCAGCCUCAGGAAGGUGCAGAUUUGGAUGCUGACUCCUGCCAGGACAUGGACAGGGUCACCAGGCACCUGGUCUUCCAGCUCCCGCAGACGGCGCACCGACACGACCACGCGCCCGCGGAUGGCGACGACGACGUUUUUGGGUCCUCUCAGUACGGCAGCCAGAGGGUGGAAAAUGGCUACGAGUGGAGAACGAGGAUGAAGUCACCCUCGUAUUUCCUGGAUGGUGGGAAGGACGUCUGGACCCCUUCCCCCGACAGGGAGUCCAGGCUGGAGGUGGUUCGGUCGGGAAGCCUGUACGACCUGAGGGCCUACAGGGGUGAGAGGAAGCCCUCGAGGCUUUACGAGGACGACGAGCAGGAGCAGUACAGGCUCCAUCCACCAAACAUCUCACCUGAGAAAGCAAAGGAGCUGGAGGACGAGAGGAGGGAGGUGAUCCGGGGGCAGGUGGUGAGGAAGAGCUCCACCAUGGCCGAGCGGUGGAGCUCCAUGGAUGAGCUGAGCUCCAUCAACGUGGGCGCGGGCGGCCAGGGGGAUGCCAAGCACAAGGGCAGCAGCACCUCCAGCUUCGGCAUUUACUUCGACAAGGCAUCCUCGGGGAGGGCAGCAACGCCCAUCGACCCCGAAAGCAUAGACAGGGAGCAGAUCAACUUCGCCGCCGCCCGGCAGCAGUUCCUGAUGCUGGAGAAGACCAGCCCGGGCUCGCUGCUCAGCCCGGGGCAGCACGCCGUGUCUCCAAAGCCAGAGGCGAUGACAAGAAUCUCCAGGCAGGAGUGGCACAGUCCUGAGACCGCCACGAAGGCUGAGAGAGGUUACGGCGACGCCGCCGUGCCCAGCCAGGGCAGGACGGACACCAGCACCUACCAGGUGUACAACGUCUCCUACAGGACGCCCGUGAAGGCGGAGGGAAGGGAUGAUGCCGGGAGGUUUUAUCACACGGGGAAAACGUCCAGCCUGACCAAAGCGUCGUCCAGAGAUGACCUGGACUCUGGCCUGGGGGAGAUGUACACCGAGGGCAGCACGGGCUACGUCAGCAAUGGAAGCGUGGAGGCCUUCAAUGGCCUCGUGGACGUGAGGAACAGCAGCAGCAGCCCCGACAAGGAGCUGAAGGCCAGCAACGAGACGCCCAUCGAGCGGGAGAUCCGCAGGGCACUGGAGAGGGAGGAGAACCUCUGGAAGGAGAGGGGCAUCCAGCGGCUGACCUCCAGCAGCGAGCUGGUGGAAAUCCAGACCAAGCCUCUGCUCUCCAUGCACGCGUCUCCUGUUCCGGGCAGGAAAGGGAAGGACAAAAGCCGCGCUUCCUUCUACGUCCAGCGGGAAAUAGAGCAGGAAACCAAGCGCGAAGAGGAUCUGAAGAGGCAAGGGCGGCUGCUGGGGCUGUACGACCGGGGGACACAGCAGGAGCUGGACGAGCGCAAGAAGGUGUUCGAGCAGGAGGAAACCCCCCCGCCCAAACCGGCCCCCGCGAGAAGGGCGGAGGAGCGGAGGAGCUGGGUCCACGAGGAGCAGCCCUCGAGCCACGGCUCCGGCCCCGCGGAGGACACGGGGGCCGGGAGAGCCCUGUCCACCUACACGGUGACCCUGACGCGCUCCGUGCCGCCCGCCGGCGAGAGGGGCCGCGGGGAGCCCCCGGUGCACGACCACGCUUCCGCCAGCGCCGGCCGAUGGGCACGUGAGGAUUCCCAGGGAGGAAGGCUGCCCGGCUCCACCCCGAGCCCCGCGGCAGCGGGCGUCCUGCGCAAGGAGCACUUCUCCUUCCCCUUCUGGAAGCCCAGGAUCUCCUUCGUGGACGACAUGGGGACGCAGAGCCCGCUGAGGAGGGAGAAGGGGCCGGACGGGGAGGACGGCCGGGACGAGCAGUACACGCUGAGGACGUGGAAGCCCCAAACGUCGGCGCUGAUCGAGGAGGAGAUUCGGAGCGACCUGCAGCGGGAAGAGGAGCUGCAGGAGCAGCGCCGGCGGCGGCUGCUGUUCGAAGGCUCCCUGGGCAGCAGCGACGGCUUCUCCAGGGAGAGCUCCCACUCGCGCCACAGCUCAGCCGCCUCAGGUGCCAGCGGCAGCUACUCGGUGUCGGGGUCCCCGGUGCCCACCCCCUCCUCGCGCCAGGCGGGGGUCCUGGGCCUGGUGUCGUCCUUCACCCCGCUGCGCGUGGCGGCCCCCGGCCCGGACAGCAGCGACAGCCUCAGCCCCGACUCGGCUCACUCCAGCGCCUUCGAGGAGAGGAGGAGGAGGACGAAGGAGGACGGCAAGUACGCAGGCAUUGAGCCCGUGGACAAAAUCAACACGGAGGUGGUGGAGAGCACGCGGGUGGGGCGGCACAAGAGCGCCAUGGCGCAGCGCUGGGAGGCCGGGCUCUACGUGCGGGACGAGGACUGAGCUGCCCCGGGGGGCUGCCACCCGCAGGGACUCACACAUCGCAAAUUGCAUCCGUUUUUAAUAGAACAGAUGAUCCUUCCGAUAAAUUAAACGUGCUCGUUUGUGUCCCCCCCCUUCCCCCUGAGAUGAAAUAAUACUUACGUAAGGGGGUAAGAAUCAGAUCCCUUUCUUUUAAUUUCUUCUGCCAGGAGACAGCUAGAUGAAGAGAAAUCAUACGGUAAUUUAACUUCUUUCUCAUUGCAAGCUGUGUCCCUUACAAAAACAAGUUUUAUUUCUGAGUGGUUUUAGGUUUUCAGGUGCUGCAGCCCCAGCCGGGGGGGUGCCGCUGGAUCAACACCGAGCUGGGAAAUCGAGGUUUCUGAUUACGUCAGGCAAUCUGCUGAAGCGCAGUGAUAUCUAACAUGUAUUAAUGCUGUUUAUUUUGCUAAUUUAUUAAAGAGUCAUUGCUCUCAU